CCCUCCCAUCAAGCAUCAGAAUUCAGAAGAAACUAAGUCGGUGAUUCUAAAACGAAGAAUUUAGGGUUUUGAAAAUGAAGAAGCAGCCCCAGAAAAAGGUCGAUGAUUCUGUUAUCAUUCCUCCAAAUGAGCAGCGAUGUGUUGUACAUGAUGGGAAGAAGUGGAGAUGCAAGAAUCGAAUUGCUGAUACUAGUAUCAGAUAUUGUGAAAAACACGAUCGAGCGAAGAAGAAGUAUAAGUUAGUUCAAAGUGAGACUCUGAUGGAAAAGAAUAAAAACGGAAAGGAAGGUAACAGUAGCAGUGAAUGUAAUGGUGGUGGUUUGGAGAAAUCUGAGUUUGAGUGUAAAGAGAAGAGGAAAAGAACGUUGACAAAGGAAGUUCAAAUUCAUCAUAGUUGUGUAGAGCGUAGAGUUUCAAAUCGCUUGAAUCAGAAGAAGGAGAAUACGAGGAUAUUAGAUGAUGAUCUGACUGUUAAUGAAUCAACAACAACGAUUCAACAAAUUACUAAUCACGAUGUCUCUUACAGAAUUGAAGAUGGUCCGCCAGGUUUUCUGACGAAGAGUUUGAAAGCUGAAGCUACAGAGACAAACUUAGAGACUCAUUCGAAGAGAUGUUAUGAGGAGCUGAAAUCAUCUGGAGAAUCUACAAACCGUGAAGUUGAAUUGGGGAAACUCUUGGGUCAUUUUGAAAGUGAACGUCUCCGGUUGUCUGUAGAGCUUCAGAGGAAGAGAAACGAGUGCGUCGAAAUCCAGGGCAAGUUAGUCGAUUUAGAGCGUAGAAAGAUUGCUGCUGGAGAUGAGUUGAAGCAGUUAAAGUGGAGACAAGAAAGAGAUGCAGAUUCGCGCAUUGCCCGCUUACAGCAAGGUCAGAAGGUUUUAGGCCAAAGACAGGAGAGAAUACUAAGAAGAAUCACUCACUUCGGGGAGGAACUAAAAAAGAUGGACACUGAAUUGAAACAUGGUAAAAGGAGGGAAGAUGGCGAGAUUCAAGUUUGGAAGAAGAAGUUUUGCGAUUUGGAGACCCGACUCUUGAGCAUCCAAAAGGUAAUUCAGAUUUAAGUUGUGUAGAAUUUCGUAUCUUUAGAAGCAUAGAACUGGAACCAUGGGGUGUACAAAAUGAAGUAUCACCCACUACUGAUGCAGAGGAGAAAGAUAAAGACUGGAGUGAAUUUGGUAUUAAACCAGACUAACCAGUUAGCAAUGGUCAUGUGGAUGAGUUGCCCUUCAAAGAGCAAUGACACUUCAUUUGGAGGUUCUAUCUAACCUUCUUCAAUUUAGUUGAACAGAUAUGUUCUCGUAAAUGUUAUUCAUGGUGCGGUACUAUAAGUAAAAUUCGGGCUCUUGCUUUCCAUUGUGGUUGCAUACUGUGAAAAGUUGGCAUUGCCAUAUCUAAAUGAAUCUGGACUCAUUAAACUGCAUCUGCUAUUUUAUUGAAAUGUAUACUUUUGUUAGC